AUGAACCCUCAGAAUAGUCUUGUCCUGUUCCAAAUCGCUCAUCUGCGAAUGGCCGUCAACGAAGUGACGGAUCACGGGAUCGACGACGAGUACCCUUUCCGUACUCAAAAGAACGUUGUCCAUUCCGGCAAUCAUCAAACCCACUCGCAGCUUUCUCCUGGUCUUGCUGGGCCACUAGCCGCUCCACCCUCUGCUCAUCCGAAUGGCAUCAAGGAUGAAACGGAUGUCCCUGAAGAGGCCAAAGAAGAUCUCGAACACGCAGACGACGCGCCUGUUGUAGAUCAGUUCAAGUCUACCACCAAAGACCAGGGUGAGCACGUUCUUGAAGAACUUCCUCAUAACCUAGGCAAUCUUUCGAUUCCCCCAGCAUUAGCGGCAAACAGCACCCCAUUUGGUGGAGUCCCGGAGGAUGCUCAGUCUCAAUCUGAUGACAAAACUGGGUCCCGUGAAGCGGCUAGGGGUGCCAAAAGAAAGCCUGACACUUCAAUUUCCCAAGCACCUCUCAAUCAAGAAACGGAUGGGCCAAAGAAGAAGGCAAAAAAGUCUGGAUAUGGCUUAACACCUGGAAAAACUCCGUUUCCGGACUUCAAAGAUCCCACCCCAGAGGCCUGUCGCAGAGUGAACGAUUUGCUUUCACAGACUCAUGGCAAAGUCAUAGCACCCAAAAACAUCCCAGAGCCAUCACUGACUAUCACUGGUUGUGGUGAGGUGCCAUCGGUACUGGAUGCAUUGAUUCGCACGCUGCUCAGUGGCGCGACGACAGGAACUAACUCUGCUCGGGCUUUCAGUGGGCUGGUACAGCGGUUCGGUACGCUCAAGGAAGGCAUUGGCAAGGGAAGCGUGAACUGGGAUGCGGUCCGUAAAGCGCCACUCAAGACUGUGUUCAAAGCAAUUGAGAGUGGGGGACUGGCAGACGUUAAAAGCAAGAACUUGAAGGCUAUCCUUGAUCAGGUUUAUGAAGAAAACCAAGAGCGCAAGCAUCGCCACGACACUGAAGAUACGCCAAUGUCACAAGAGGAAGCCCCGACUUCGUCCUUGGAGGCUGCAGACGUGAAGGACUAUGACAUUGCCAGUGUCAAUGAACAUUUCCUAAACCUGCAAUAUCUCCACAAAUACGAGACACCUGAGGCUUUGAAGGCUCUAAUCAAGUACCCCGGUAUUGGGCCUAAGACUGCAGCCUGUGUCCUGCUUUUCUGUCUCCAGCGUCCAUGCUUUGCGGUUGAUACACACAUCUUCCGUAUCUGCAAGUGGCUGGGUUGGGUACCACCAAACGCCAAUGAGAUCACAGCCUUCAGCCAUUUGGACGCUAGAAUCCCUGAUGACCUAAAAUACUCGCUACAUCAAUUACUCAUCAAGCAUGGCAAACAAUGCCCACGCUGUCGCGCAAUUACCAGCCCGUCAAGUGCAGAUUGGGGUGAAGGUUGUGUUAUUGAGGACUUUGUUAAGCGAACGGGUAGAAAGGUUGGGGAAACACCUCGCUCGCGAGUCAAGAAGGGGCCCACAAACAAAGCUCCUGCAGAGCAGACUCGUGCGACGAAAACUCUCUCAAAGAGUGUACGAGCCGCCAAAACAACGGCGAAGGCUAAACAGGCCUCUCGGUCCAAGAUGACUGGAAGCGGAAAGGCGCGUCCGUCAAUCCAUUUGUCAGAGUCAGCGGACUCCAUUGGCGAGGAGAUGGACGGAGUCGAGAGUUCAUCUGCCAAUAACAUGGAUAUUGACGGAUCGGAAGAGCAGGCUACUGGUCAAGGUCAACAGAAACAGUCGAAGACUUUGAAGCGCAGACGCGAAAGCGUUCAAGUCUCAUCUCGACCCAAAAAGCGAGCUGCACGAUCCAAGUCUGCUAAGGCCAAGCCGUCUGCUACUCCUACACGCAGGUCUCUGCGGUUGUUGAAACGCGCCUGA